AUUGCUUCGCUUGCAGAACAGAACUCACCUCUGUGCAAGUCGCACGGAAUUCUGCCUUCAUCGCGCCAUCCAGUGGCUGCUACAGCGGGUGAUGAGCUCGACUCCGUCCUACUGAGAGCUUCUAAGAGCACCAGCUCUUUGAGACAGCAGCACAACUUCAUCAAAAACCCGAACGGCCGCAAUGCUUUCUCAUUGUCUAUGUUGACGCUUGAUGCACCAACGACACUUCCACUACAAGAGGCGCACAAAAUGCUUGAGUUGUACAACACAAUUAUCCGCGUGAACACGGAAACCCAAAAGAAUAUGGCUAUCAUGUACACGCGGCGAUCCACACUGUUGGCAGCAAUGGGGGAAUAUUCGGCGGCAUCGCAGGACGCUGAGCAAGUUGUCACCCUGGACCCAAAGUCGACUAUAGGAUAUUAUCGCAAAGGUUGUGCACUAUGCGGACUUGGCCGCUUUGCAGAGGCUAGCCGGGCUUUCCAACAGGGCCUAGCAUUCGAUGUGAAUUGUCGAUAUCUCCAUCAUGGACUUCAGGUAGCACUCAACUACUCCCGUUACACUUAC